AUGAUUGGUUUUGUCAGUUCUCAGUCCAGGAGAAAGGCGAGUGUGUUGAGUGAAAGUGAAGUGUGUGUCAGAAAUGGGGCAGGAGUGAAAGCCUGGGGACUUCCUCACACCUCCACGUCUAUUACUGAUGGGCACUCAGAGCAGAAAAUGUAGACUUACAUCAUGAGGAACCAGGUGGAUAAAGACCCUGAGGAGUGGGAGAAGCUGAACUAUCAUAUCCACACACUGAUGUAUGCUCGUCAGGAGGUGUGUGCGCACAUGAAGUAGAUCAUACUGCAGCUGGGUUACCAAAGGGAGGUGGACUCACUGUUUGCAGUGAAUAAACAAAGUGUAAUGAGUAAUCUGGAGAGAGCCUGAGAGCUGCUGCCCAGCAAAGAGACCAACAAAAGACUCCUCUUCAUCAUGAGAGGUUUUCAGGAUCAUUUUGUCUCUUUAGAUAGUGCUGAGGGCUUUUUGGGAUUGACUAAGGAGAAAUAUUCCCUAACCAAGCUAUGA